UACGAGCUCGUCAAACUAAAAUUACAAGGCCCAGGCCUCUACCAGAACUUUUCCACUUUCUGAUUGAUCGCGGACCUGCUCCUCGGUUUAGCGAGACGUUGGCGAAGAAGUUGCUCUUUUUCGGCGCACUCGAAACAACAUUUAAGGGGAGCACACCCGACCAACAAGAUGGAGAACAACGUUAUGAAAAUUCUGAGCCUUCUCGAACGACCUUUCGAGCCGGUAUUCAUUCCCAAAGGACCGGUCAACAUCAGCUUCAAAUUGAUCCCCGAAUCCUUGCCAGAGAGAUUUCAACCGUUCAUCAAUGAAAUCCACAACUCAUACUGCGAGGAUCCAAAAAAUUCUGUUGUACGAGUGAAAAAUAUUUCACUUCCGGAUUUGAGUAUUCCAAUGCGACUAGACCGGAACGAAUCGUUCACGCUGUUUUCUGAACACCAUCGAGAAAUGGCGGCUGAUCUUAUCAACACGUUCAUGGGAAUGCGCACCUUCGAUGACUUUCUUGCCGUCGCUGCCAGUUCCCGUGAUCACCUCAAUCCGCAAUUGUUCUUCUACGCUUUGUCCGUUGCGAUUCUCCAUCGUAAAGACACCAGAAAUAUACCGAUUCCUCCUCUGCACGGAGUCUUUCCCGAACGUUUUUUCGAAAGGUCGAUUUUUCCUAAAAUACAAGAACAAUCGAACAUCAUGCCUGCCGGAUCGCGGAUUCCCGUCGAAAUUAAAAAACUGACCGCCACUCCUCUUGAGCCGGAACAUCAGCUCGCCUACUUCAGGGAAGAUAUUGGAAUCAAUUUGCAUCAUUAUCAUUGGCACCUCGUCUAUCCGAUAGUGAAAGUUGCCAAAGAGAUUGUCGAGAAAGAUCGUCGCGGUGAGCUCUUCUACUACGCGCAUCAGCAGAUAUUGGCGCGGUACAACGCCGAACGGCUCUGUGCCCAACUCGGUCGCAUAAAGAAGAUAAAAAGUUUCGAAGAACCGGAAGCCGAAGCUUAUUUUCCAAAGCUGACUACACUCAACGCAGAGUUCAACUGGGCAUCGCGUCCAGCAGGACUUACAGUUUUCCAAGACGUUUCCAGACCGGUUGAAGGAUUUUCCGUCAAACGCGAUGACUUGAAGCGCUGGAAGGAAAGAAUUUAUUUAGCCAUCCACUUGGGCGAAGUUACAACCGAAACGGGCGAAAUUAUUAAGCUGACGGCAGACAGGGGCAUCGAUAUUCUUGGCAAUAUGGUAGAAGCUUCCCCACUCACCCCGAACAGACAAUUGUACGGUGACUUACAUAACUCUGGACACAUGUGCAUAGCCACCUGCCAUGAUCCCGAUGGACGUUAUAUGGAGCCCGAAGGUGUCAUGGGAUCGGUGGUCACAGCAAUGAGAGAUCCGAUGUUCUACAGAUGGCACAACUGGAUGAACGAGAUUUUUGUCGAAUACAAAUCAACUUUGCCUGAAUAUACCAACUCCGAGUUGGACUUCCCUGGGAUCGAGAUCACCAGUAGUCGAGUGACCAGUCCGGACGUUGCGGAAAACACGCUGCUGACGUUUUGGACCAAGAGCGAUGUAAAUAUUACGCACGGUCUUGACUUCGCCCCCAGAGGAGACGUUUUCGCGCGGAUGUGUCAUCUCAAUCACGCUAAUUUUCGGUACCACAUCACGGUUUUGAAUAACUCUAGCUCAGCCCGAACCGGUACGGUGAGGAUCUUCAUGGGCCCGAAAUACGACGAGCGUCAACUUCAGUUUCCUCUCCGAGAGCAGAUGAGGUUCAUGAUCGAAAUGGACAAAUUCGUCGUGACCCUUCAACCAGGAGAUAAUUUCAUCGAACGUCUUUCCAACGAGUCAUCGGUGACUCUCUCCUUUGAAAAAAUAUUCCGCAAUCAUGAUCUCUGGGAGACCCUUCAAAAGACGGAUUCUAGCGGAAGUGCUCGCAGGACCGAUUCCGAGUUCUGCGGCUGCGGGUGGCCUCACUACAUGCUCUUGCCCAAGGGCACAGCCGGAGGCUACGCCAUGGAAUUGUUCGUCAUGGUUUCGAAUCAUGCAGAUGAUUUCGUGCAACAAUCUUCAACAACCGGAUGUAGUGACGCUUCAGCCUACUGUGGGCUCCGUGAUCGCAAGUAUCCUGACGCUCGUGCCAUGGGAUUUCCAUUCGAUCGUAAACCCCAUGAUGGUAUCGAAACCUUGUCUGAUUUCGCUAGACCAAAUAUGUCAGUCACAAACGUCAAAGUGAAAUUUACAGACACCGUUGUACCACGUUCUUUUGCAACAGCUUGAAAACGGAUUCAGCUACAUUGAAAGAAGUUUUGUGGCAAAAUCAAGAUGCAAAGUAACAUCGAAUUAACUAACGACGCUGAUUCCCAUGAUCUAUUGAACUUUUUAUUUUCAGGUAUUAUUUUUCGCUCGAAUAAAGUAAUCUUGUGUCUCAAACGA